AUGAAUAAAAAAUUGAACCGCUUGACUGACGUGUACAUAUCGGAUGAAGUUAUGUUAAUGUUUCACAACUUAGCAUUGCUCACCGAAAAGGAAGAAGUCGCCGCCCUGAUGAUCGGUGAUGUAAGCAUCUAUAAAUGCAGAGAUAUCGAUUAAACUAGAGCUUCCAUAUACCCAUGUUAUAUGUUUUGUUUUAGAAAAAAGUUAGCGCAAAUGGAAUAUCUGUUUCUGUGACAGCUCUAUCUAUUCCGCCCCGUGGAGAAAUUAAAAAGGACAGAGUCGAAAUCAUGUCAGAAGACUUGGUUAACGCCAUGGAGGACGCCAAGGAGUUUUCUCGCAUUAAAGGAGAAAACUUGAACGUUAUUGGCUGGUAUCAUUCACAUCCUCAUAUAACUGUCUGGCCAUCGAAUGUGGGCAAGUACUUAUUCACUUAUUAUUACUUAUUAUCUACUUACUUAUUAUUAUAUUGUCCCUUAGAUGGGUAGGAAUGCAAGUUUAAUGUUUUUUAAACAUUUAUAUUACUAAUAGGUAUGUCAGUUGAUACAUUUUUAUGAAAAUCAUUAUUAAAAUAACUAAUAGGUUACUGUACUAUUUUUAUUUUUUUUUAUAGGAUUAAAAUGACAACUUUACUAGAAUAGUAUUAUAUAAAUUAUACAGGGUGUUCCACGAAAGUAUACCCAUUUUAAUAUCUCCAGAGAUAAUAAAGAUAAUCAAAUUCUGGUAUUUUUUAUAUUUCUCAUAGGGAUAAGGAAUACAAUAUUGCAAUAAAUUUAUUAAGGUAUGGUUUCCAAGGCGCGACUGGUCACUACGACCUGUCGUUGGUGCGUGCUGGUUUCCCAGGCGCAAAUGGUUGCCGAGACCAGUCUUCGGUGACGUAAAAAAAAUGUCAAAUUCUGUAUCUGUGUUCAGUAUCAUUGUGGUUUUCGUUCAGUGAGGGCUAGUGUUUUCAAAUUAAAUUUUAUAUUUACUAUGAGUAUGAAUACAAUUAUUAACAAUAAUAAAAUAAUGUUACUUCUUCUUGAGGAAGAGCAAGAGGACGAUAAUUUAUUAAUCACAACACAAUCCUAACAGAGAGAAAAAGUUGAUGCACUUUUUCUUAAUAGAAAAACUGAAGGAUACAAAAAUAAAAACUAAUUUAAAUUAUCGAUUUUAGGAUUUUGUAUAAUGAUAAUAUGGGCCUGUAGUAUGUAAACUUUUAUCAGCAUUCAUUUUUAUUGGUUAUACGGCAAUAGCACAGAUUAUUAUUAGUUCAGAUUGUUCUUUGUGCAUGUUAAUAAAUUAACUAAUUAGAAAUACUUUUCAUUUCUAAUAUAAUUUUAUAUGAUUGACAAAAAAUUGCAUCUACGCCAUUGUAUUAAAUUAAUCUUAUUACUAGAUUGUAUACUAUAUUAUAGAUAAAUAUUACAUACCAGAUUUCCCUAUAGUGUUAGCAAUAUCCAACCAAAUACUGUCUUUAUGUUCUGCAUCUUUAUAUUUGUUGUGAGACACAUCAAACAAUUCAACAUUUUUUCGAACCAUUUCGAUUAGUUGAUCUUCUUCUCCCAAAAAAUGCAAUUUAGCCAUAUUGAUGCAAGGGUCAGUCGAAAUUCACUACCCAAGUGUUGGUUUGUGAUUGAAAUAAAUCAACGGUCGCGCGUGACAGUCGCAAUACACUGCUCUCGGACCAGUAGUGUCGCGAUAAAGUUCAGUUGUGCGUUAGAUAUGGAAUUACAUACUAACCGGUCGCACCUUGGAAACUGUACCUUUAUGCUUUGUUAAAACUUAAAAAAAAUAAUUUUUUAUUUUAUUAUUUUUGAAAAAUUUGAAGAUAGUCAUUUUAUAGAGUUAAUUUUUCUAAAAAUGUUGAUGUAUGUUAUUUUUCAUUAAAUUUUUAAUUUUUAAUAAUAAUUUAAAAUUCAGAAAGAAGAAGUGUAGGUACAGUCAAUGAAUCGUAAUAAUAAUAAUAAUCAAUUAGAGAAUGUGAUUACAGCUUCCUGCAUAGUUAAAAAAACUUUUCUAUGAACAAUUAUUUAAAAUCAAAAAUUUAAUGAAAAUAAGGAGUUUAUACAUCUAAAUUUUCAGAAAAAUAAACUCAAUAAAAUGGCUAUUUUAACCAUAAAAAUUAAUUGCAUUUUAAAUAUUUGUGGUCCUGAUUGUUUUAAUACAUUCUUACUAGCUCUUAAUUUAUAAAUACUAUUUGUGAAAUAAAAACACUAUGUUAAUUUAUAAGUAACUCUUAUUUUAUUUACUAUAUAAUUUGUUAAAGGUAUACUUAUAUUUUAAUUAAUACUGACACUAUAUGCUGUACACACAUACAUUAAUUAUGGUCGUGUGUCAGGUAACAACUAAGAUGUAUAUUAAUGGAAGACUAACUUCUAGGUUUUAUCACUAAGCAGUGUUACCCUAUAUAACAUCCUCCUCUUUUAGCUGUUAAAAUUAACAUUUUAACAAUUCUAACAUAUUAUAUAACAAAAAAGAAAAACAUUUAAAAUUAAAAUUCAAUUACAAGAAUAAUUUUAAUUUUAAUAACAUUAUGUAUAUAACAUAUAAUCAAAUAAUAAUACUAAAUUUUUGAUGAAUAUAAACUAAUGUCUUACACAAAGAAAUAACAAUAUAUUAAUUCAUCAUUUAAAACAAAUACUUUAACACAAUUAACUUUAAUCAUAAUCAUCUAAUUUGAUCGGUUUUCGAAUAGCUCUUCCUACCCUUGUCUUUUUGUGUGUCAUCAGCAUCAUCAUUCUUCUCAUUAACUUCUUUUUUCCCAACCAAAUUUUUAUCAUUAUCCUGUUCAAGCAGAAUAUAAUCAUUAUUUAUGUAGUAUUUAUUAAACAUUUGACUUGUGUGACACAAAUGAUAAGACAUUGCUCUGACCACUAUACUACUCUGUAACUAUCUUAUAUGAUCUAGGACAGUAUUUUAUAUUUUCUAUAAUUUUACAGGUGUCCAUACAUUGCACUCUUUUACUACUACAUUAUUACCUAUGUCAAAUUCAUCUUUUAUUUUAGUUCUCUUAUCAUAAUAUUCUUUAUAAGUUUUUUGAUAAUUAGUUAUCUUACUGUCAAUAUUAUUACGUACCAUGGGUUUCAAAUUACUGUCACUAAUUGGAGAUUUUGUUUUUAGCAUUUUGUUCAUUACUAGUUCACAAGGUGUGGAAUAGAUGUACAUCUAUAUUCAAGCAAUAUGUCCAAGAUGUCUGUGUUUUGAAAGUUUGCUUUCCUCAAAAUUUGUUUAACAGUAAUAGCAGCUCUUUUUGCCACCCCAUUUGACAGAAAAUAUUUUGUACUAGAAGUUAUAAGUUUUAUAUUAUACACAUCACAAAAACUUUUGAACUCGUUACAACUAAAUAGUUCGUAUUUUGAUAAAUCACAAAUGGUUGAUUGUCAGAAUAAAUCAUUUUUAGAUAAUUAUGUGUGUUAAAAACACUUCUAAAGGACAAAAUAAUUUCUCUAGCUGAUUGAGUAUAAUUUAUUUUGUAUUGUCAUUUACAAUUAUGAACCUAAGCAUAACAUUUCUGUUAGAAAUAAUACAAUUCAUUUUUACAAUCCCAACCAGCUUUAGAACAUAUGCAUGUACCUUGUAAUUAUUUUUUUCAAUAAUUUCAUUAUUUUUUACUCUGUGAAAAAGACUUAGAGGCUAAAUGUCAAUAUCCGAGCCUGUGUCUAACUUAAAUGCAAUAAUACAGUCAUUAGUUUUUAUAUCUUUAAAUCAUCCUUUAUUAUUAUUUGUAUCAUUGUUGUUCUUGUUCAUUUACAUUCAAUAAUACCACAGUAUAAAUAUCAAAUAAGUUAUGCUCUGAAUCACUAUUAACAACAUUAUUUUUAUUAUUAUUUAUAUUCAAGUUCAUUACCCUUUACUGGCUAUUAGAUUUGUACCCAAAUUUGAAAUGAUUUAGUUUUCCACAACUGCUACAUUUCUUUCUAAAUGCAGGACAGCUCCUUGGACCAUAUUUAUAUAUGCAUUUCUUGCACUCAUAAGGUUUAGUGACUUGUGAUGUUGAAUAGCCUUGCCCAUUGAACUGCUUAUCCUUCUCUUCUAUCUUCUCUGUAUUCUGUUUCUUCCAGUUACUUUGAUUUUUAGUUUUUUCACGAUACAUUUUGUGCACAUUUUUCUCCUCUACUGACUUUCCAAUAUGAAUUAACAACACUUAUUGAUAAUUUGCCACUUCUGUAGACUUACAGUGUUCAAUAGUUUUAUUAAAACUUAAGUCUGGUACUCUUAAGAGCCUUUCUCGAAGACCAAUGUCAUUAACACCCAAUAAUAUUCUAAUUCCUACAGUAUUGUCUUCUAAAUCACCAAAUUCACAAUGUUUAGCUAAAUUACGAAUUUCCUGCAGAAAUGUAUCAAACUUCUUCCUGACACCAGCAGAAAAAUUUAAACUGUUUGUUUUAGGUUCAUAAAAGUUUACUAUUUCUUCAAAAAUUGUAUCAAGUGGACCUGGAUUAGUUUCACUUGUAACAUUAAUUAAUUCAUUAAUUAAUUUAUAAGUAACUAUUAUUUAAUUUACUAUAUUAAUUUAUUAAAGGUAUACUUAUAUUUUAAUUAGUACUAACACUAUAUGCUGUACACACAUAUGUUAAUUAUGGUCGUGUGUCAGGUAACAACUAAGAUGUAUAUAAUACUAACUUUUAGAUUAUAUUACUAAGUAGUAUUACCCUAUAUAACACUUAUCCCUGUGAGUUAUAUAAAAAAAAAAAAAAAUUUGCUUAUUUUUAUUAUCUCUAGAAAAAUUAUAAUAGGUAUAUCUUUGUAGGAUGUAUAUUAUGGUAAAAGUAUCAAUACCAGUGAAAUCCUAGGAUUUACCUUUAAAUUCUAGAUUUACAGACUUUCCAAAUUUCGAACAUUUACUGAUUGAUUCUGGUAAAAUCUAGAAUAUGCAAAAAGUUUUAUCAAACUCUGAACUAUUUUUGUAAUUCGGACACAAAUGUGAUACAAUCUUAUAACAAACAAUAACACCUUAAUGUCCGAAUUUUUUUUUAUUGAUCGUAUGAUUUUUCUCCCCCCUUAUAUUUGUAUAUUAUUACAAUAUUUUAUAUUCAUUAUAUGUUCAUAUUAUUACUAAAUAUUACUACAAAAAUUGAAAUAAUUGUUAUUUAUUAGGUAUAUUUUUAUUACUCAAAUCAUUAUUUGUUAUUAAUUUAGUAAUAUAAGUUGUGGAUGUAAAUAUUUAUUGCUUACAACUGAAAAAACACUCAGUUUUAUUCAAUGUAUCAGUUUACUCUAUGCAAAGACAAUGUUUAAAAUUGGAAAUUAUUCCAAAAAAUAAAUGUUGUGUUGUUGUUAGGUUAGGUUAAGACUCUUUAACAGGUAAACAAAGAAUAAUAAGGUGACUAUUUAAAAUAAUGUAUCACAAAUUGAUGUAAAUGUCUAUCAAAACAUGUACUAUGCAACUCAAAAUGCCACAGUAGCCAAGCCUAUUUUAAUAAAAAUAUACUCAAUAUAUAUAUACAAAUUUAAAUUUUUGUAGUAAUAUUUAGUUUAUAUAGGUAAUAUAAACUUUAUAAUUAACUUGUUAGUAGAACAUGUGUGAUUCACCAUGUUGAAGAAAAGGCACUGUUAAUAUUAAAUUUGUUUAGAUUUAUUUUUUUCAAUUAAUUUUUCUUUGAGAGGGACAUCGAUUUGGAGAAAAAUUAAAUUUUUAUUUUCAUCACCUAAAGACAAAAAACAAAUAACUUGUAGAUUCUAAGUGGAGUGAAGAAGUUUAUAGUUUAACAAAGAUGUUUAUUUUUUUUUUAUCUGCACAACUUUUCUACUAAAAGACUUGCUCAAAUUUUUAAGUGCAGUACCUUUUCUGAAAGUAAAUCGGUAUGGGGAGGUACUAUAGGUCAUUUUUCGAUUUUCUCUAGUUUUCUCAUAGAAUUUAAAAACUAGAAUAAAACAUGAGAAAACCAUAGGAAACCUGGGAAAAUCAGUACAACAUUAAACAAAUAUUAAAGAAAAUCUAUAACGCCUAUUUAAUUAUUUUAUAUUAAAUUCCCAUCUGUAUCCUAUCUUCCCACCUAUAACAGUGGCACAUUGAAAUGUAUCCAUCCUUUUUUUUUUAUAUAAAUACUUUUUAUACCAGAAAGCAUACUCAGAUUAUCAAGUAUAGUAUCUUUUCUGAAAUGAAAAUUUUUUCUGGGUGGUACUUUAGAGAGGUCAUAUUUUUUAAAUUUUCAAUAAUAUUCGAGAUAAUGAGGAAAACUUCGGUCUUUAGGUUCAAAAAAAUUGAAAGAUUCAAAAUAAGGAUGACAUUGGCAACUUUUUUAUUUAUUUUUUGCUAUUAUUAAUUUUGUAUUAUUUUAAUUAUUUUUUAAACAUGAUUGUUAUUAUGGAAACACACAUUGUUUUUUAAUCAUUUUACCAUAAUAUGACAUUAUGCCGUAUAUUGCAUUGUUGACAAAGCAACACUAUCAACUGAACUCUUCUCAGAAUCGUUUUUUUGUUAGCAAUGGUUUAUCGUUGCUUAUAGAUAUACAUUAAAGUCUCGUCUAUAGUCUACCUUCCCAACUUCCCACCUACAACAGUGGCUGCACCCAUGUAUGAAGUAUGUCUGUCCUUUAUCAUAUUAUAAUUUAUACCUAUUUAAAUAACUACAGAUUUUAUUGUUAUUUAUAAAUGUAUAAUUAUUAUGGGAUACUUAGUUAAAAUAUAAAAAUACUUUACAGUUAUGAACAUUUCCAUGACUCCCCAAUUUUAAAAAAUUACAUUUUUCUUUGCCCAAUCGUUAGUAUUGGAUAGUAGAACAAAAAUUAUCUGACCCUGAGGGAGCUGGAGAAAUGGUCAAAAUUGCCAAUUUUAAUAAUUUCUUUAUUUUUAUUUUAUCCAAUCAUUAGUACCUAUGUCAUGAGUAUUAGAUAGUAGAAUAAUUAGUAGUUGCUUACAGGUAUACAUUAAAUUAUUUAUAACAGUGGAUGCACCCAACCCCAUUAUCUUAGGACAUCAUUUUAUUUAUUCACUUUAAAACAUUUUCUAAAAAGCCAUUUUGUAAAAAUAUUAUUCAAACAAUUUUAAUAUAUUACAUAUUCAUAUCCAAUGAAUAAUUUGUUUAUAUAAUAUUAUAUUAAUAUUAUAUAAUAAAUAUAUAUAUUUCUUAAUAAUUGUUUAAUUAGGGGUGAAAACAAUAUUAAUAUUCAAUAAAAUAACACCUUAUGUGAAAAGGAAUUACAAUCAGCAUGGUAAUUCUUUACCUUCAAUUGAAAAAUAAUUGUUUUCACGCCUAUUUUCUAGAAACUAAAACGGCUAUAAUUAAGAAACUAUUUUCUUUUGUAUUUAAGGGAUGAAUGGAAAUAAAAAUGUUAUUUUUCUCUAAAUCUAUGCCCUCUCAAAGACAAACCAAUUGAAAAAAAAAUCUCGAAAAAUCCUUGAAACACAGUAGGACACACUACAUGUACACCCGUAAGUAACAGGUCUCUAUCACUAGAGUCUAAUUUUCUCCCCAUAGACAUGUUACUUGUUACAUUAUUUAAUUUAGUUUAUAAUUUAACUAAACAAUUCUGGUAAUGAUAAGAAAUGGAUUAAAAAUAUUGAUUAAAAGAAAUAAAAGGAACAGGUGUUGGACAUUUAAAUCUUCUAAAAGCACAUCCUUGAUAAUAGAACUAUUUAAAUGUACAAUAUACCAUCCCCCUAGCUUCAUUUUGGGGGGAGGUCUGUUGGGGUAUAGAAGGCUAAAAAGACAUCUUUCUCCCGUAAUAACAAGGUGAAAUUUAUUGUGAAAUACAACUAAAAUUGUAUAACUUAUACAAAAAAAAAUUCUCAUUUGGAUCUAAUAGAACUAUGUAUAGUAAUAUGCAAUGAAUACCUAAUUAAUAAUUAUAAAAUAGUGCACUUUUUAUAAUUAACUUAUUUAAAACAAAUUUUUUUUUAGAUUUACAAACUCAACUUAACUUGCAGAACAUGGAUUCUUGUUUUGUUGGUAUAAUUUGCUCCUCUUAUAAUACAGACACAACUGCAAUGGUGAGAAAAUAAUUUAGAAAUGUACAAAUGUAAAAGAAAAUUAUUGUACACAAAAAUUAUUCCUAAUUAAUAAAAAUGUAUAAAUUGUAAACAGUUUUUUGUUUGCAAUAAAUUAUUAUGAAAUAAUAUUGUGAAUUCAAUAUUUGUAGUUUUUGAAUUUCCAUAAUGAAGUUUUAUUAGUAUAUCCUAGGGGGUUUCAAAAUAAUCAAUUAUACAAUAUAAUAUUAUGAUAAUAAAUGUAUUUUAAUAAUAUAAAUCUAUAACAAUUUACAUGUUAAUAUGGAUAAUUUUAACUCUAAAAGUAAUUAUAAUAAUUAGUCUGUUAUCAUAUUCUUAAUAUUUUUGAUAAUAGUCCUACCUUUUGUAAAAUCAAUGCAACAACUUCUUAUAUUCUUAAUUUUGAGUUAAAAGUAAUAUAAUGUAGUUACAGAAAGGUACUUAUUUUUGUUUUAAUUAUAACUUCACCAAUAACUAUAAAAUUAAUUAUCUGUGAUAAUUUUUUUUUUUUUAGUUUAUUAUUAUAGUAUAUUUAUAUACAAUUUUAUUUGAAUGCAAUUUAAAUUUAUUGAGAAUACAUCUAAUAAUUAUUUGUUUUUUUUUUUAAAUUUUUAAUCUUAGGUGAGAGAAAUGAAAGCAAUAUGCUUUCAAGCGAAACAAGUUGAAGGAUUGGUACACAGAAUAGAUGUACCAUUUCAUGUGGUACCCACAGCCUGUACAAGCCAAAUGUCAUUGGGGGUAAUUAUUCAUUUUUUUUUGUGUUUAUUAAAGACAACAUCCAUCUGUAAUACAAUUUUUUUUCAAAGUGCAUUCCAAAUAGAUUGCUCUUUGUAUGCACAAAUUUCAAUUUUAUAAUUAAAAAAUCAAAAUAUUAGGUAUUUAUUUUUUAUAAUUAUUUACAAUGAAAUUUAUUUGAACAUUUUAUAAAAUACAUAUUUCCAUGUAAGAUUAUCGUCUAUAAUAAUUUAUGUUAUAUUAAUUUAAAAUUUAAUUAUAUCGAAAGUUUAGUUUUAAACAAUCCCAAUUAAUGUCAAUGCCGAACAAAGAGUUUAUAUUAAUUCAAUUUGUAUUUGUAAAAUAUUUAUAUAUCUUGUUUAUAUUAUUAAUAUUUGAUUGUAUUUGAUAUUAGAUAAUUGUCAAACACAUAGGAACUUUGUAUGAUGAACUUGAAAACAAAUUUAAUCGAGCAAAUGAAACCGAAUCAUGUCCAGUGGCACAGCUUCAUAAUGAAUCAGGUAUCUUCCGUAUAAUUUGUAUUCUAGGCAAUCACUACUAGUUAUAAAAUAAUUUAAUUAUAUCAUUAUUACCUAUUUCCAAAAUUUAAAUACCAAUAUACUAACUUCAAAGGCCUUUUAAAGAGAAAUAAUAGUUUUAAGGUACUUAAUAUUCAAAUAACUCGAUCAUUUUAAUAUUUGGUAUAAUUGUGGUUUUAUUUUAGCUUAUGCUGUAUUAGGCUUACAUAUGUUAGAAACAGUAGCAAAACCUAUGCUCCAAAUGUUUGAAACACAACGAGAAAGUUCAUAUAAAAGAGUUCAACAACUUCAAGCAAAGCUGGAGCUACUUUCCGCUGGUGGUUCUGAUGAUUUAUCAUGCGAGGGUUUUGAGAUACCUAGUGAUAAUCUAGAAAACCAAGUCAUUCUUUCAAAGGAGAAGUUAGCCAUACGUACUAAUCCUCCCAAGGAAACAAAAAAAGAGAAAAAGUCUAGUAUGGUAUCUUCUCCUGUGUAA